AUGCUGGAUCCCGAGAGCGAGCCGGUCCUCAAGUACGAACGCAUUGGCGGCCACUUCCAGACGCUCUUUCGAGACGAUGCGCUGAGCUGCAUCGCGGUGCACCUCAACUUUGUCUGCGUCGGAACAUACGAAGGCCACGUGCUCCUCCUCGAGCUCAACGGGCGCUACGUGCGGCGGCUCCACAAGCACCACAAGAAGGUGCAGGAGAUCUCGAUCGACGAAACCGGUCAGCACAUCGUAUCGAGCUCGGACGACGGGACCGUUGCCGUCUACUCGCUGCUCCCGAUCUCGAGCGACGACGGUGUCCGCGUGGCGAUCCCCAACGCGGGCGGCGAGGUCAACAUUUACAACUUUUACUCGGCCGUCUACUCUGCGCAGCUCGAAACCAUGUACGCGUCGAAGCGCGAGCGCACGUUUGCUUGCGGUGGCAUCGCCGGCCAGCUCAUCCUCAACAAGAAGGGCUGGAUCAUCGACAAGGAGACGACGGUCCACGAGGGCGAAGGCCCCGUGCACUCGAUUCGGUACCAUGAGAAUCUCCUCGCGUGGGCCAACGACUGGGGCGUCAAGGUCUACGACACGUCAACCGAGUCGCGCGUCACGUACAUUGAACGUCCGCAGAACUGCCCGCCUUUUGAGCUCUGCAAGGCGCACCUCGAGUGGCACACGACAUCGACCCACGGCCUCUGCCUUCUCAGUCGGAAAGCCACGUUCGGCACCAUUUCUGCCGAAGUUGUUGCGUUCUUGACCUUUGACUUCUUCGUCGCGGGCCUGGCGCCGUGGGGCGAGUCGUCCGCGGCGCUCCUCGCGUACCGCCCGCCGGGGUCAGCGCCGCCAACAACAGUUGGCAAGGAGCGCGGCGAAGGUCCGGCCGAAACGCUGCCUUGCCCCGAAGUGCACCUCGUGCAAUUUGAUGGCCAGCCCCUCGCGGCGGACGUGCUCCAGAUCAAGGGCUACGACAAGCUUCGGGCGUCCGACUACCGGCUGGCGUCGCUGGCGUUCGGAAGCGACCAGCGCGUCUUGUACCUCUGCGCGCCGAGAGACGUGGUGCUGUGCCGGCGCCGCGACGUCGACGACCGCGUCGCGUACGCGCUGGCGUCGCGCUCGUACGAGGCGGCGCUCAACAUUGCGCUCACGGACGUGGCGAGUCUCCAGAAGCAUGCGCUCGACGAGCUGGUCGAGUACUACCUCGGCGAACUCAUUCUCUCCAAGGCGUUUGCGAAAGCGGCGGACGUGUGUCACCAGCUCCUCGCGGGCCACCUCUGGGAAAAGUACGUCUACGUCUUUGCGCAGAAGGGCGCGCUGGGCGCGAUCGCCAAGUACAUGCCGACGGCCAACCCGCGCUUGCCGUCGAGCCAGUACGAGAUGGUGCUGACGCACUUUCUCGAGACGGACCCGGCGUCGCUCCUCGAGAUCAUUCGCAAGUGGCCCAAGCCGCGCCUCCAGGACAAGCUGCCCGUGCAGUCGAGUCGCGAGUACAUUGAGAGCGCGUCGCCAUUCGAGCCGCUCUAUGACGCCGACGCGUGGAUCAACCAGCUCGAGACGACGGUGCGUCGGCGCCGGCUUGCGGAAGCUGACCACAUGAGCAUGGAGACAGCCUUUCUGAUGGAAGCGCUCGCGGAGCUCUACACGGCAACCGAGCAGUACGACCACGCGCUCCGCAUCUACCUCAGCCAGGGCUCCAUGUGCUCCAACAAGGACCACGCGUUCAAGCUCAUCGUCGAGCACAACUUGUGGGACUCGGUGCAAAACAAGGUCGUCAACCUCAUGCUCAUCGAUCGCGACGCGGCGCUGCGCAUGCUCGUGCACCAGAUCAAGUCGGACGAGCUCAAGGUCCACGCGAUCGUCAAGCAGUUGGAGCACAAGCGCGAGCUCCUCCACGAGUAUCUCCACAACCUCUUUGUGCACCGGCUCGUCGACUACAAUACGGACAAGUACUCGUCGCUGCACGAGAUGCAGGUGGCGCUCUACGCCGAGUUUGCGCCGCACGUGCUUCUGCGCUUUCUGCAAACGAGUUCGUUCGUGCCGCUUGAAAAGGCCUACAAGUUUUGCUCGGAGCGGUCGCCGCCGCUCUGGGACGCGAUGGUGUUCAUCCUCGGCCGCAUGGGCCAGCACAAGAAGGCGCUCGACUUCAUCAUGACGCAGCUCAAGAACGUCAAGCAAGCAAUCCAGUUCGUCGAGGACCACGAUAGCGGGCUGUGGGACUACUUGAUUGAGAUCUCGCUCUCGCACACCGAGUGCAUGGAGGAGCUUCUCGAGUACGCGUGCGACCACAAGAUUGACCCGAUCAAGGUCAUGCAGAAGAUCCCCGAAGACAUGGAGAUUGCGGGCUUGAAGGACAAGGUCCUGCAGAUCAUCACCAACUACCGCAUCCAGAUGAGCUUGUACCGCGGCUGCACCAAGGUCUUUGAGACGGACCGCAUCGAGCACCUUCGUCGACUCGUCGUCGCACGCAAGAAGCCCCGGCGCGUGACGCUCCAGACGUCCUGCGGCGUCUGCUCGCUCCUCCUCAAGCAGUCUCUGCCCAUGAGCACCGCCAAGCAUGUGUGCAUCUUUGAGUGUGGUCAUGCGUAUCACAUGGCUUGCCUCGAGGAGAAGACCAUGUUGUGGAAGGCACCCGACGAGCCGAUGCGAGGUCAGCUGUCCGAGCCUGGCUGCUUCCUCUGCGACCACGACGCGGGCCAGCGCCGCCACGACGCCACCGAGUCGAGCAGCGUCAAGGGACUGACCGAGGUACAGCUGGAGGCAGCACGCGAGACCUUGCUUCAAGUCACGCCAUAGUAGCAAUAUAAAAAGG